GUAUUCAUGCAGUGUUCAGUAGAAAGGGCCUUAAUGAUAACUGUAAAUGAGGAGCAGGCACAUCAUUAUAUCUGAUAGCAGAUUUUUGCAAGACAUCUGUGCAGUUUUCAGGGUUAGGUGUGAAAGAUGAGCAUGGAGCUGUGAAUGAUGAAAACAAAAUGAGACAAACCAUCUUUCCUAGCAUUAGCAUGGAACUGAAGCACAGCUGACGGUUGAUUUUAUUUCUUUUUCUGCAUUGGGGUGAAUUUAUUGAGGUAGUUCAUUAAAAGUUGGUGCCUGAAGUUGUUUGCAUUUCCCAUUGAUCUGUGUGUACUCGCUUCAUUUACUGUUCAAAUCAUCGCCUUGCUGCUUACAGCGGAAAGGCCCCGCUGCACCAGGACGCUCCUGCUGAGCCAUUAACUCCUUCUGAUCCCGUUCCAGACAUGUUUCCAAGGCAGGGGGAGCCAGGAUAGCGAAGGGCGCUCGAGGAGCAUUUUUGCUGAUGCAUCUCUAGUGACACCUUGUGGGAUGUUUCACAGAAUCGCCUACAGCUUUUUGGAUGGAAGCACUGGGCCAGCUGAGCCUGAGAGAGGCAGAAAGGGCUCUCAAACACCUGAAUCUAUGAGUCAGUCCAGAGGCCCUCUUCUAUUCAGAGACCUUCCACAAAACUCUGCUGUGAAAGAAUAACAGCUUUACCAAGGGAUUCACUGUGAGGAGCUCAAAAUGAAGAAGAAAGGUGAAGAGGAUUGCAUGGAGCUGUGCCCCCAUCAGUGUGUUGAGAUGGAAAGGUGUGAAAGUAAAGAGCUGGAUGUUGAAAUAAGGAACCUGAUAGGGAAGAGCAACACUUUGGAGUCGUGUCAUGAGCCCAAACCUCUUGCCCAAGAGAGGCUGAGCCCUCAGAGAACUUCGUGUUCCCUUAAGAGCCACAGUGAAGGAAGCGCUCCAGGCCGGCUUGGAUGCACCUGGGCAGGUGGGAGUGACAUGGAAGCUCCAGCAGAACCAUUGCAGUCAAGGCACACAUUACUGAGCAAAAAGAAGCCUUUAUCAUCCAAUUCUCUGGAGCAACAGAUCCUCACACUGGAAAGACAGAGACGAGAGCUUUUGGAGGUGAACAAGCAAUGGGAUCAUCAAUUUAGAAGUAUGAAACAGCUUUAUGAAAAGCAGCUGGCAGAGAUGAAGGCAAGGCUGGACGUGUCGGAGAGGAGAGUGAGCGAGCUGGAGCAGGAGAGGCACUGGCAGCAUCCAGAGCAGGAGAGGUGGCAAGUGCUGGGCAGGGAGAGGCUGCAGCAGGAAAAGAAAGAUACAGAGGUCCUUAGUGAAGCUCUCCAUGAAAUGAAGGAAGAGAACAGGCUCCUGAAGCAGAAGAAUGCCUCAAUGAGCAGGAGGAAGGAAUACUAUGAGAGUGAAAUAAGUCGUCUCAACAAGGCCCUUCUGGACACGUUGAAAAAGCAGCACCCACCUGUUGUAGGAACUCCUCCAGGGAAGGGUGACAGGAACAGCCUUGAGGAGAUGAGAACCCAACUUGAAGUUCUUAAACAGCAGGUCCAAAUAUACGAGGAAGAUUUCAGGAAGGAGAGAUCUGACCGAGAGAGGCUUAAUGAGGAGAAAGAAGCAUUGCAGAAAAUUAAUGAGAGAUUGCAAUCUCAACUGAGUAAACUCAGCUCUCAGACAAAUGACCUCCCAGUACAGCCUGAGAGGCCCAGUUACCCAGCUCCCCUCUUCCUCUCCCCAUGUGUCAGUUAUGGGGGCUGUGGGAUGGUUCUUCACUGCCCGGCUCCUCGGGCACACCCGGCGCCUCGCAGGGCACAGCAGCAGCAGCAGGGCUCGCCAGACUAUCAGUGGUAUGUUCCUGACCAGCUUCCGCCAGAUGUGCAGCACAAGGCAAAUGAUUCCUCCCUGGAGAAGGGAGCCCAUCACUGACAGCCUCCGGCCUGGAGAAGUGUAAACCAAAGGCUGCAAGGGACUCUUGCAACUCCAUGAUUCUGUUUUCUUCUGGGUUUUUUUUGCUGCUAGCUCCUUAUCUCUUCAGUGCAUGUGAUUUAUGUCUGGUAAAAUCCCUGUGAGGACAAUAGCAAAGCAGCUCAUACAGGCUGGAGAUCCUCAGGAUCCAGUUAAAUUCUGCUGGGAAGCGUUACUGCCCUUUGUUCUGAAGAGGCUGUUUGUGCUGCCUUGUGAGAAUCUCUUAAAAACCCUGAUGAGAAGAGAUGCAGUUCUUGCUGAGGAUUCAGACUGUCACAUCUGGUUUGAAUUCAAGAGCUUAUAAGCCCAAUAGUGGUCUGAUUUUUUUUUGGUUUUUUUUGGUUGGUUUUUUUUUUUUUUUUUUUUUUUUUUUU